GGAAGGCUGAGGGGAGGAAACAAGAUCUUGAGCUGAGCACGAACAUCCCAGCAACUUCAUUGACUUUAAAAGUAUACUCUGGAGUCUUCUGUGGUUCACUAUUCCAGCUCUACAGAGGUUCCUUAUAUUUCAUGGCAGGAGGAGUGGAUAAACUUAGGAAUAGUGAAGACAACAAGAAAUUAAUCCAGAGCUUUCCUCAUAGCUCAGAACCUGUCCUCAGUAAGAAUGUCGGAUAGGGUUGACUGGUUACAAAGCCAAACUGGAGUUUGCAAAGUUGAUGUCUAUUCCCCCGGAGAUGACCUACCCCAGGACUGGAAAAUGGAAGACUCACAUGAUCCCAUCAGGGUGCUCAGCUGGCUCCGCAGAGACCUGGAGAAAAGCACAGCAGAGUUCCAAGAUGUUAGAUUCAAGCCUGGAGAAGCAUCAUUAGGUGGGGAAAUGGUCCACUCAGGAGACCCACACAAAAGUUUCUGUGUGGACUAUUAUAACACCACCAGCAAGGGCAGUCCAGGGAGAUUGCAUUUUGAGAUGAGUCACAGAGAGAACCCUUGUCAGGGCCCCAGUGCCCACGCUGGUAACAGGAGCUCAGUAGACGAAGUUUCCUUCUACGCCAAUCGCCUCACAAAUCUCGUCAUAGCCAUGGCCCGCAAGGAGAUCAACGAGAGGAUUGACGGCUCUGAGAGCAAAUGCAUCCAUCAGUCAGUGUACGUGGGGGAUAAGCCCGCACCCAAAAAAAGCCUGAGCAAGGUGGCAUCAGAGCUGGUGAACGAGACUGUCUCUGCCUGUUCCAGAAACUCCACCUCGGAUAAGGCUCCUGGCUCCUAUGACAGAGCCUCAGGAACAUCACAGAGUCCCGUGAAUGUAAAAUACAAAAGUGCUUUGAAGAUCAAGGACAGCACCAAGGAAAGCAGGGGUCCAGACGACAAGCCUUCUUCUAAGAAGUCUUUCUUCUAUAAGGAAGUGUUUGAAUCUUGUAACGCAAGUGAUGCCACAGAGGGCAGAAGGUCCUUACCCGCAGAGGGAGAGAUGUUGAGAGAGCAGGAAAAGCCCAAUGACUUCACAGCUUCUGUCAGUCAAGGGAUCAUCACCUAUGCUAACAGUGUGGUGUCUGAUAUGAUGGUCUCCAUCAUGAAGACACUGAAGAUCCAAGUGAAGGACACGACCAUUGCCACCAUCCUGCUAAAGAAGGUCCUGAUCAAGCACGCGGAAGAGGUGGUCUCAGAUCUCAUCGACUCCUUCAUGAAGAACCUCCACGACGUCACAGGGGCCCUCAUGACUGAUACGGACUUUGUCUCGGCCGUGAAAAGAAGUCUCUUCGUUCAUGGAAGCCAGAAGGCCACAGAUAUCAUGGAUGCCAUGCUGAGUAAACUCUACUCAGUGAUAUUUGCCAAGAAACCUCCUGAGACUGUCAGGGAAACCAAGGACAAGUCUGAGAGUUAUUCCCUCAUGUCCGUGAAAGGAACGAGUGACCCUAAAAACCGAAACGUCAGCUUUGCAUCCAUGAAAUCUGAAGGUAAAUUGAGGGAAAAAAUAGGCUCUCCUGCACCCAAACCCGAGAAGGAGAAGACUUGUGUUGAAACUCUGGGCGAGCACAUCAUCCAAGAGGGCCUGUCCCUGUGGCAUAAAAACCAGCAGAAAGAAGGAAAAUCUCCAGACCUCCAGUGUGCACCGCUUGCAGCUUCCAACAAACAGCAUAAACCUGCGCCAGACUCUCCCUCGGGAGUUCCUCUCGAUCCUAGCAACCUCAGUCCCUCUACGCAUCACCCAGAGAAACUGGAGAAUUUUAUGCAUGACUCUGAGUCCUGGGCCAGGGACCUGAUCGUAUCCGCCUUACUUCUGAUUCAGUACCACCUGGCCCAGGGGGGAAGCAUGGAUGCACAGAGUCUCCUUAAAGCUGCUGGUGGCACCAACUUGCAGGCCAACAACAAGUCCCCUGCAGUUUCUGAUGAGUCCGGCCUUAGGUCUCCUCAUAUGGGGGUUGACCAAGAAGCAGCAGAAAAGAAGGAUCUAAUGAGCGUUUUCUUCAACUUCAUCCGGAACUUACUCGGUGAGACCAUUUUCAAGAGCGACCGUAGCUCUGAACCCAAGCCAACUAAGGAAGAAGACAGUCCCCAGUGUGAAAGACCUGUAAGUCCUUCUCCCAUCAAACUAAAUGAAGGCGAUGAGGCUGGAGGUACUUUUGCUGGGCUGACCAAGAAGGUUGCUAACCAGCUAGAUGACCACAUGAACAAGCAAAUGGUAGAACAUCUGAUGGACUCAGUGAUGAAGUUGUGUCUCAUUAUUGCCAAGUCCUGUGACUCUCCAUUGGCAGAAGUAGAAAGUAAUAAGUCUGGGGAUACCAACAGGCCAACUUCAUCCUCCCCAGAUAGUCUACAUGAGUGUUUGUCAACCAAGGGCACAGGGGCAGCAGAGAUCCUCCUGAAGAAUGCUUAUGAAGCUAUCUACAACGAAUUGAGAGGCAUAUCAGCACCGCUCCCCGAAGGGUCUGCAGCACCCAAAGUGAUUGUCAGCAGUCACAACCUAGCCGAUACGGUUCAGAACAAGCAACUCCAAGCCGUUCUUCAAUGGGUGGCCGCCUCUGAGCUCAAUGUCCCCGUGUUGUACUUUGCUGGUUAUGAUGAAGGAAUCCAGGAGAAGCUACUUCAGCUCUCGGCAGCCGCCAUGGAAAAAGGGCGCAGCGUAGGUGAGGUUCUGCAGUCGGUGCUGCGCUAUGAGAAGGAACGACAGCUGCACGAGGCGGCGGGCAACGUCACGCGGCUGCAGCUGCUGGACUGGCUGAUGGUGAACCUGUGAUGGGGCCGCUGCCCUCCCCUCUUCCCGCGCUGGGCCCGGCCCUCGUCCCCUCCCUGCCUUCUCACCUCCGCAGCCCCCGCCUCCGUAUCAUCACAGAGCCCCAGCGUCACCUUCAUACCACUCACAUCCAAGACACGUCAUCUUGUGCUAGUCCCUGGAUUUCGCAUUUUCCUGUCCAUGUGAGCAAGGACAUAA